CUCAACAUGGCGGAGGUGGACGCCACAGUUUCUGCCUUCAUUUGGAAUUACGUGUUACCCUGGGCACUUGUGAUUAUAAUUUUAAACUAUAUCAAUAGUUAUAUUUACAGUCCUUAUAAGGCUGCCUAUGCUUGGCUCUUAAACCGACUGGGGUUUCACAUGGCGAAAAAAGCAUACAGGAAAAAGGAGAGAUUAUUUUCAUCACUGGCGAAAUUACAUGUUGACGGUCGACCGCUGGAUAUCCUAGAAAUCGGAGUCGGAGGGGGCACGAAUUUUGAAUAUUAUCCUCCUGGAUCAAACCUUAUCUGCAUCGAUCCAAACCCACAUUUUGAGAAGUACUUAAAGGAUAACCACUCCAAAUACCCUCACGUGAAUUUGAAGGGUUUUGUGGUGGGAACGGCAGAGAAAUUACACGGGUUUCAUGAUAACAGUGCAGAUGCAAUAGUGUGUACAUUCGUCUUAUGUAGCGUAGAAGAUAUAGAAGAAGUGUUGAAGGAGAUAAAAAGGGUUUUACGCCCAGGAGGGAAAUUUUACUUCCUGGAGCAUGUGUUAGCUGAUAAAAACACACAUCCAUGGGUGUACAAAAUGCAAAAUUUCAUCAGACCAGUGUGGAAAUGGGUCGGUGAUGGGUGUGAAUUUCAAGACACAGCACUUCAUAUUGAAAAGGCUGGCUUCUCACAUGUUGACCAAGAGCACUUCAACUCUGCUAUCAAAUUUAAACUAAUUCAACCAAUGCUGAUGGGGACUGCCACCAAGUAAGGCGUCCUUUCUUGUGCUAGGAUGGACGCUGCAUCAGGGUGUUCGUAUUUGGUAGAUUUUUAUAGAAAAAAGUUUUUAUGGACUUGGAAAAAUUUAACAGGAUUUUUCUGAGUUUAUAGUGUUUUAAUUCAAUGUCCUUAAUUUAAUUUAACUUAAUUUAAUUUAAUUUAAGCUGCAAUGUAGUGUUAUUUAAAAAUCAGUUUAACUGUAUGACUGUCUGGUUGUGAAUAUUUUAUUGUGCUCAAAUUAUUAUGAAAAUAUUUAAUAGUUAUGCAUUUUUAUCUAAUCUACACAAUAUAAGUUAUCUCCAAUUCUUUACAUUUUAAAAAGGUGAAUUCCAAAUUGGAAAUGUGUUAUACAUGAGAUGGAUGUGAAUGCUGUAGUAUUUACUGUGUGUGUGUGUGUGUGUGUGUAUGUAUGUGUGUGUGUGUGUGUGUGUGUUUGUAUGUGUGUGAGAGAGAGAGAGAAAGAGAAGAAAAGAGAGAGAAAGAAAGAGACAGCUUGCUUGCUAAUCGGAAAGUUUUCACUAUCAGAGCCAGGAAUUUUCUUGAGGGGGGUGAGAAGUGGGAGGGGAACCUUUUUUGGUAAGUGAAAUGAGGUAAAAACAAAAUUACUUACAGUAGAGUAGAUAAAUUUUACUGUAAUGUGUAAGGUACCGAAAGGGAAAAUAUUUUCUUGUCUCAUUUAGCCUGUUACAUUAUUUUUUCAAGGGGGUAGGAG